AAGCAGGCGUGGUUAAGUUAUGAGAAUUGGCCAAUGAAAAGCUUGAGACCACGUGCUAUGUUAUGGCCGGUCCUGUGUGCUUGCUGAGGUCUUACAGAUCUUCUACGACUUGUAUUGCUCUCUUUAAGACUGGAGCGGCCCUGACUUUUGAAGGAGCCGUAGACCUCCGGUUAUUGUUGGGAAAUUUGGAAAUAUCAGGUCACGUGACUCGCCCCUCCCCUUGCUUUGAGACCCUUUACUCUCCCUCCGGUUGUAGUCACGUUGUCAUAUCAAACAAUACGGUAGUUCCCGAGUCUUCGUUGGAUUUUAAUUCCUUAGAACUUAGUCGAGUUGAUGUCGAACAAAUUAGGCUAUUACUCAAUUCUCCGUCACAUUCUUCGCACUCACUAGGAGCAAUUGCUUUGCUAAAGGAGACCAAAACAUCAUUCCUUCAUGGCUUGAAGCACCACUUCAAGACAAAACGUUACUUCCCAUUGGGUGACGUUGCUUAUCCGUUAAGAAACUUUAGGACGUUAUCAAACUUUACCAACAGUCUAUGCAUACCUCAGUCAUAUAGAGACUUGUGCAGUAAAAUAUGUUCUAAUAAAGAAGGCCCUCUCAUUGUCCUUAUUUGUGGUGUAGCAAACUCUGGAAAGAGCACAUUUGCUCGGUUCCUUACCAAUUCAUUACUUAAUCAUUAUGAGUCUGUUUCAUUCCUCGAGUGUGAUGUUGGCCAGUGUGAAUUUACUGUGUCAGGUCUAGUGUCUCUACACUGUAUAACUGAUCCUGUACAGGGUCCAGCUUUUGUACACCAAAGAACCCCAAAAAAGAGUUUUAUUUUUGGUGACAUCUCCCCAAAGAAUCAACCAAAAUUUUACACCAACUUAAUCUCUCUAUGCAUGGAAGAGUACAAGAACCAUGUGACCGGUUGUCAUGGAAAUGGAGCAUGCCCACUUGUAAUUAAUACGUGUGGGUGGACUUCAGGUAUUGGCAUUCAUUUAUUGAUGGAUGUUAUUGCUAUAACCACGCCCACAAUUAUACUCCAAUUUAUUAAUAGUUUAACAGUGAAUGAUCCUGUUGAAUUAUCGGUAUUGACCCAUCAGUACAUUAGCACUAUCUCCCCAUGGAGUAGCUUAGAACCAACUCUCUCAAUGGCAAUGAGAGACAGACCAGAAGGAUCAUGCUCAGGUAAUAAAAGAAAGAGGGUUAGAGAAAAAGAAGAUUCCGAAGAAGUUGACGAAUUAACAGAAGCAGAAGAGGAGGAGGAGGAAGAGAAAAGGGAAAGGGAAGAAGAUGAAGAGAGUGAAGCAACUUUUAAUGUCACAAACAUUGAAUGCGGAGCCUUUGAUGGAGAAGAAGUGAAAAGAAAUGAGCCACAUACAAAUAAAUGGACAGCUGGGGAUUGUGCCGUAUAUACCAUCUGGUCAUUCAAUGGAUCCAAGAAACAAUCAGGCUUAGAGAGAAUAGCUAGACUCGUCUCUUACUUCUCUCCGUUAUUGGACUCUCUUCAAUCAACAAGAACUGAUUUUAAUUUCCUUCUUUCGUGCCCUCCUUAUCAAGUGCCAUUGGAUAAACUAGCCGUACAUUGUAUUCAUAGGAAUGUCCCUCCCAGUCAAUUGUUGUAUGCUGUAAAUGCAAAGUUUGUGUGGCUAGCUAAAGUAAAUCAAGAUGAGGUAUGCCAUGAGACCCAGCUUGUGGGAGGAGCUUUUAAAUUAAUUAAGAGCUCAUUGCCUGUCGCUGAAUACUGUGGAGUGGGAUUAGUUCGUGGUAUAGAUGCUAAAAAGAGAAUCAUUUAUAUUACCACCCCAGCUUCCCCUCUUAGUCUAGCCGAUGUGAAUUGUAUAGUUUUAGGCAAUUACGAAAAACCAUUUCAUUUAGUAUCACAAGCCCACAUAGAUGGAAACUGUCCUUAUGAAUCAAGAGACUUUAAGCAUACUAGAUACGGAGAUCUUGGGUUUGAUAAUGCUUUCUAGCAGAGGACAAAAUUUAAUUAUGAUUUUUGCAUUUUUAUUAUUGUCAUUUGAUUAUCUUGAUUGUAGGUGUGGCAAAUAUUAAAUGGCUUCUUGGUGAAA